GGCGCCGCAGCGAAGCUGCGCUCGGAUCCUCGGUGCUGGCUGAACCCGGCUAAGCCGCGCAAGGCGGCGGGGCCCACCUCUCCGUCCUCCACGCGCGCGCACGCCGCCCUCCGGCCAACGGCGGGCCGGGCGCUCUCCAGCGCUUCUCCCAUCGUACCGCGCCGGCAGCCGCUCGCCGAGCAGGCGGCGGGGGCCCUGGCGUGCAGCGCGGGCCUUGGUGGGGCCCAGCGCCCCGGCCCGGGAGGAUGCAGCCCUUGGCGGCCCGGGAGCUGAGCAGGGCCCCCGCGCCGGCCCCCGCGGGCCCCGGCCUCCGGAGCCGCAGCCGCCGCCCCGCCCCUGAGAGACAUGACUUCCAAGCCGCAUUCCGACUGGAUUCCCUACAGUGUCUUAGAUGAUGAGGGCAGCAACCUGAGGCAGCAGAAGCUUGACCGGCAGCGGGCUCUGCUGGAGCAAAAGCAGAAGAAGAAGCGCCAGGAGCCCCUGAUGGUGCAGGCCAAUGCCGACGGGAGGCCCCGCAGCCGGCGUGCCCAGCAGUCAGAGGAGCAGGCCCCCCUGGUGGAGUCCUACCUCAGCAGCAGUGGCAGCACCAGCUAUCAAGUUCAAGAGGCUGACUCACUUGCCACUGUGCAGCUGGGAUCUGCCCACCCAACAGCACCAGCCUCAGCCAAGAGAACCAAGGCAGCGGCCGCAGCAGGGGGCCAGGGCAGGGCCUCGAGGAAACAGAAGAAGGGGAAGCACAGAGACGGGACUCAGGCGUGUCCGUGGCCUGCAGGCACCAGCGGGCCAGCAGCUCUGGCAGAAGACAAGUCUGAGGCCCGAGGCCCAGUGCAGAUCCUGACUGUGGGCCAGUCGGACCACGCCCAGGACGCAGGGGAGACGGCAGCUGGUGGGGGCGCACCGCCCAGCGUGCAGGACCUCCGUGCCACGCUGCAGAGGAAGGGCGUCUCCAGCAGCAUGAGCUUUGAUGAGGAGGAGGACGAGGACGAGAACAGCUCCAGCUCCUCCCAGCUAAACAGCAACACCCGGCCCAGCUCCGCAGCUAGCAAGAAGUCCAUCAGGGAGGCCGCCUCAGCCCCCAGCCUGGCAGUCCCAGAGCCUUCUGUGGAUGUGGAGGUCCAGGACCUUGAGGAGUUUGCACUGAGGCCAGCCCCCCAGGGCAUCACCAUCAAGGGCCGCAUCACGCGGGACAAGAAGGGGAUGGACCGGGGCAUGUACCCCACCUACUUCCUGCACCUGGACCGUGAGGACGGGAAGAAGGUGUUCCUCCUGGCGGGAAGGAAGAGAAAGAAGAGUAAAACUUCCAAUUACCUCAUCUCUGUGGACCCAACAGAUUUGUCUCGAGGAGGGGACAGCUACAUCGGAAAAUUGCGGUCCAACCUCAUGGGCACUAAGUUCACCGUGUAUAACAAUGGAGUCAACCCUCAGAAGGCAUCAUCUACUUUGGAAGGUGGAACCUUGCGUCAGGAGUUGGCAGCUGUGUGCUACGAGACAAACGUCUUAGGUUUUAAGGGACCACGGAAGAUGACUGUGAUCGUCCCAGGCAUGAACAUGGUUCACGAGAGAGUCUGUAUCCGGCCCCGCAACGAGCACGAGACGCUGCUAUCACGCUGGCAGAAUAAGAACACAGAGAGUAUCAUUGAGCUGCAAAACAAGACGCCUGUCUGGAAUGACGAUACGCAGUCCUACGUACUCAAUUUCCACGGGCGCGUCACACAGGCCUCCGUGAAGAACUUCCAGAUCAUCCAUGGCAAUGACCCGGACUACAUCGUGAUGCAGUUUGGCCGUGUAGCAGAGGAUGUGUUCACCAUGGAUUACAACUACCCGCUGUGUGCGCUGCAGGCUUUUGCCAUUGCCCUGUCCAGCUUCGAUAGCAAGCUGGCCUGCGAAUAGAGGCCUCCGUGUGCCCUGCAGGGUCGUGCAGCCCGGAGUGGAGCCGCCUGCCUGCGGAGACAGCCCUGCCUACCCUGUGUACAUAGGCCUGCUGCCAGAUGAACCUUGGGCUCAGUGGGUUCCCUGGCCUGGCCCGCUGGGAACUGGUCCUCUGCUGAGGCAGAGGAGUGGGAUGUGCGUGAAGGGACCAGAGUGCAAUCUUUCUGUGCCCCAGGAGCCACACACAGCCCCACUCUUGGGUUAGUAUCGUGCUGCAGUCAUGUUUGCCAAGCUGGGCAGCCUCUUCAGCUGGGAAGGCAGGAAGAGGUAUAUAGGGAGAGGAAGCACAACGCAGGGCUGCUGUGGCCCAGCCAUCCACUCAGCCCAGGAGUCAGGUGAUAACGGAUCCCCACAGUAAGGGGCACAGUGAGCGUGUGUGUGUGUGUGUAGGGCACAUCAGCCUCACACCGCAAAGGGCUUGCUUGCCAAGUGUGGCCCUUACAACUGCAGAAAGUCCCCUGAUUUCAGAAGACCUCAGCCAAGCCUGGCAGAGCUCUGGGGGUUGGGCAGGACCUUGUCAGGAUUGCAGGGGCCUGGUUCUGGGAUCGGCCGGUGGGCUAGGGUUCUAAGUCAUGUGAUUUCUCUAGGUUUUCUCUGUGCACAGAGGCAACAGGAGGCCGGCCCUUAAGGCCAGAUGUCUCAGAAGAUAGGGCCUGCAGGACACAGGCUCAGAAUACAGGAGGUGCAUGGCACAGGCUCCCUGGAUCAGGGCUGUCCUGGAAGCCCUGUCAGCUGCCCCAGGAGCUCUCUGCCGAGCAGCCCCUGCAGAACCCCCAGGAAACAAGGAUGGGCCCAGGUGCCAGCCCCAGACGACACACAGGUAGGCAUACCUGGGCUCUUGCUGGUUAGCUCGGGUGCUUGUGCCUGUGCGUCAGCUCCCACUGCAGUCAGCCUAGGUCAUGGUUGCUGAGGACUUUGUGUGGUUCUUCAUGGGGAGAAACGGGACAGGGUGAGGAGAGCAAGAAUAUUUCAGAACCAUUAAGAGAUCAGAGGGGCAGGACCCUUAGAGAUCAACUAGUACAACGCUGUCACUGUAGGCAAGUCACUCAGCAAAUGGUAUGUGCACUGGGCCACCUGGCUGGUGAGUGGCAGUUCAGAACUUCAGCUCACCGGAUUCCUUUGUUCCCACCAUCCCCUAAGGAGCCGCUAUCUCCGGUCUUCCUGUGGCCCAGUCCACAUGCUCUCACCCUUUUGCCCGACUCCAGAGACUUAGCAAAGUCAGAGUUGAUGUAUGAAAUUGGAACCAUUUCAGGAGACUGGGCAGUUCCUUGCUGAAAGCCAUCAUGUCAGACUGACCAGGACUGGCUCCCCCGGAGAGCAGGCCUAGCGAGGCUGCUGCCCGUUUCCAUAUCUGGGUGUGAUGGGUGGGGUGUGAGUGUCCUGGGGCCGGGCCUGAUCUCUCCCUCCACUGCCAUGCUUCUCCUUGGGUUGCACUGCCUGCCAUGACGGCUUGGGAACACUGGUCUCCUGGCAGAAGCUGCUUGCCCACGUGGAGAUCAGAAAUCAGUGGUUAGCAAGCAGGAGUUGUUCCUCACUUCAGAGUAGAUGUGCUUGGAAAGGCUACAUAGAAAUAGUUUUAAAACAUAAAGUCAUACUUGAAGCAUGUUAGUGAAGCUCUGUAGUGAGGUUAAGGAGUUGUGACUUAAGUGGAAGUAGUAUGCCCUCAUUUCCUCAUGAUGUAGGUUUUCCUGUUUGAGUGCUUAAAGCAAGGCAUCCCUGUUCCAGCACAGAUCUGCCCACACCUUAGCCACAGGUCUCUGUGAGAGGCCCGUCCAGUGACCUAGCUUUUGUCAGCGCGGUCUAGCUCUAGACAGCUCUUAACUUGGGGCCAUUUUGAGGGCACCAGAUUUUUGUACUGGGGCUGGUCCACUUCCCCGGGAAAUAUUGUAGUGCCAUCCUCCUUUCCGUAUCCCAGUCUGGCUUUUCCUUUUCUGACUUGGAGAAGAGACCUGCUGACAUUUGGGAUGAUGGAAACUAGAUGAUCUGUAAAGUCUGGUCAAGCUGUUUCUCUGAGUCUGUGAUUUGACGGUAGAACAAGCUGGUUUUGGAUCCUAGUGAGAGUGGAGAUCCUGGUGGCCGAGUGGAAAAAUCAGAAGCACAAUGGAAAACUCCUAUCCUCUGCUUUCUCCUCUUGUACACAAGAGAGGGAGUUGCCUGGAUAUUUUGGUGGGUCGGGAAUGUGGGCUGUGUUCUAGCCUGGCUGUGGAGAAGGUAGCUCAGCAACAAAACUCUCUGUUGGGCAUUGAGUGACAAGAGCAGUUGAGUCACCUGCUCGAGACCCAGCCUCACAAGAUUUGUUCUUGUGACCCCAUUCCCGGUGAUGUUGGUUUUCCUUGACCACUGGCCUCACAGUCAUGGGCCCAAAGACUCAAAGCUGCCAGAGCCCCUGGAGACCACCUGGGCUCAGCUUCUCCAGCAGUUAAGAGUUCUGGCUCUUUACGCCCUCUCUCCAGAUGGUCCUUAGUUGGGCAGGGAACUCGAUGAUGAACAGUCCCUAAGAGAGCAGGCAGCUGAGACCUUAGGCAGCUCUUCUAUGACUGCUCCUGGCUCCGUAACUCCUUCUGGGGCCACCCCCCAAAACUGCACCCUCUGCCCCCAAACAGUUCUUCUGCAGAUGGUGAAGUUCACGUCCCCGACACUUCUUUCCUUCUGGCUCCAAGGUGCUCCGUGUCUGUCUGCGUCUCCGUGUCUGUGUGUAUUUGGGGAAAAGGGCAAUCUGCAAAUCAUCAACUAAGGUUUCUUAGGAUAUUGCUAAGAACGGACAGGCAAGGAAUAAGGAAGUAGUGCACCUGCGGGUUGUGUUCGUUCCCGUGCUCUCUGAUAAGGAAGCAUGCCUGGGAAAGCACCAGCUCUCUCUCCCAAGGCUCCGACUGGGAGGAUGCCAUCCAAGAAAGUUGCGUUUCAGUUCCCAUUCUACAUUACCUGAAGAAAUCAGUGUGUUGCAUGCAUUGCUUUUGGAUGAAUUUAAACGUAUUCUAGUGAAUGUGCCUUAAAAAUCACGACACUAGUGCUGCAGGAGCAUAGCAUGUAAGGUACAGACCCAUGCCAAGGACAGGUGUUGGAGGAAUCCGCCAGGGAGGGUGACAAUCACAGGCCAGAAGAGAACCUUUGGAGCCCACUCCUUCAAUGACAAUAAAGGCAAGAAAACUGUAGAAACAAGUUUUUCUUUGCUCUGUAAAUAGCAGGGCAUUUACCUCUAAAUAAAUCUGCCAUUUAUUCAGAGGCAGUUCUAAAUUUAACAAGCAACAGUGAUGACAUCAAACUAAGAGUUCCAUGCUUUCCUCACAGUGGGGGCUGCAGCGAGGGGAGAUGCUGGGCUGGCCAUAGCCACGGCUCUGUUAUGCAAGCACAAAUUCCACCUCCCAGUGGAGUCCCUGGUUUUCUCUUACCGCAGUUACACUGGCCUUGCCCUCUCUUCAAAAAAUUCCUCGCCCCAGUCGAGGUAUCCCUGUGGCGUCAGGCUGCCAGGUGGCCCUCAGCCCACACUGCUAGACAGCUGAAUGAGUCUGCUUUCUUGCUGUGGCCAGCACUCACGGCCCUGACUUGUUGAACUGUAGCAGCCCCUAGGAGUAGGCCAAGGGAUGGACUCUUGUUUGAGUUUAUCGGUUACCUGUCCUUUUGUACCUCCAGUUUGCAGUCUUCUGUCAUCUCAGGAUAGUAGGGAGAGGCAGAGCUGAAGUACUGGGUUUUUUCAUUUUCCAACCAAGUUGAGAGGCAAAUUGGUCUUAUAGAAGGCAUUCCUGAACUUCAUAACUAUGUGAUUUUGAGCAAACUGUGUAAUUUUUCUAGGUCUGUUUUCUCAUCUACAAAAUGAGGAGCUCGGACUGACUUUCAGAGCUUACAGUAGGAGUCAGAGUGAAUGAAAGUUGAUCUUUGCUUUCAUCACUACCUUUUCUAGCUCAUCACUGUGCCUUUUUUCUUUCCUAAGAAAGAUGUCACACCCCUUUCCUGUUCUGUUCUCCAGUCCCUGUCCCUUCCCCCAUGAGGUCCAGGCAGAGCUGCAGAUGAAUCCCGAGUUUCCGAGAGAGGAACUUAGAGUGGCUCAGGAAGGGAAGGCCGACUCUGGCCUCCUUAAUCCUGCAUUUGGUGACAAAGGGGACUUGGUUAGGAUGGGUGACACUUUUCUUGCUGGGAACGUACAUUUAGCCAGUUCUCAUAACGCUUAGAAUGUGUAUGUCUAUUUGCACAAGACUGUCUCUUCCUAUUUUGGAGUGGUCAGACAUUUUAUUUUGUUCCAAGUUAUCUGGAGUUUUAGAUGAACUUGCAAAACUGCUUUUAUUAAGUGACUUUUUGAAUAAACUCUUUGGUAUUCUGGAGCAAAUGUAUUUAUUUAUUGGUAUGUGCAAUGACAAAGUUGGUAUUUUCCCAUGUUGACAUUAUGUACGUUGUAGAACUUAAGUGUUUGUCUAAAUACAGACCAUAUAUCAACAAAUUAAACUUGAACUGUUUCAACA